CAUCAUUCCGUGACUUCAACGCGCCGUGACUGGAGACACUUAGUCCACACACUUCCUACACUUCGAAUUUCAAUUCAACGCCCAAGAUGUCCAAGCUUAGCCUCAUCCUGUUGUCCGCCCUGCUGGGCUGCCUUGUGUCCGGUGGAGCGGCUGGAACAAUACGUGUGGAUACCACCGGCAUCCAGGUGGUGGAUGAUAUCCAUGUCUUUGCCGCCCAGUACCCGGGUCUGCAGAUCCAGCAGAUGGAGAAGGAGAUCGUGCCGGGCAAGGCCCGUGUCGGAAGCCAGACAGUGCGCUACAACAUGGGAGCCCGCAUUCCCAGCGACGAACUGGUGGCCCAGACAGCCGACACCUACGAGUUCCCACGGGCGCAAGAUGUGAGCCUGCAGCUCACCUAUCCGGAGAACGGCAAGGGUGCCAUCGUGUCCUACGUGGAGCUGCUGUGCACCCAGGACAGCAGCGAGGGCACUGCCUACGUGGUCGCCGGAGGCAUCGGCCAGAGCUUGAUCUCCAUCGUGCUGGAGGCCAAGAACACCAAGAACUUCUCAUACCAGGCUCUCUACUACGGAAUCAACUAGGCAUUUGCAUUAGUUCCUCGCUAGCUUAAUUUUUUGUUGUUUUUAAAUGUGACUCCAAUUUUAAAUACAUAUGUACACAGGCAGACUAAAUGGGGUGCAGCAUCUGCGAUUACCUAGAUUUACGUAA